AUGUCAAUCGACAACUUAUGCAUAUCAAAACCAACUCAAAACUUGAGAGCGUCUGGGGCGAGUAACGCAGUCGAUGCCGAGAUUCUACGACUACAACAGAAAUAUGAAGACGUUUUCAGCGAGGGUCGUGGAUGUUGCUCAAAAGCAAAAGCGGUGCUUCAUCUGCGCCCGGAAAUCCAACCAGUUUUCAGACCUAAAAGGCCACUACCAUACGCGGUUCUACCAAUUCUUGAUACUGAACUCAAACUCCUUGAAGACGCCGAAGCCCUGAAACCGAUCCCGCCAUCAGCAAACAUCGCGCCAGACUUGGAAUUUGGGCACCUGACCGCCGAGGCGUACGUGGUAAUGCUGCAAUUCUCGCGCCCUAAAAAUGAAAGGUUGAAAUCCAGCUCUGCCGGGGGAUUAUUAAACCAGCCAGGAAGACCCAGUAGUCCCGAUAAGAGUAAAUUGAUGGAACCAAAGACUAUAGCAGAUCCCCUGGGCUAUACUGGCUGGAACAGACGAUGCAACCAUGCCAGGAAGGCCAAAACAGAGCAGCCAAAACAGGAGCAGCGAGACCCCGUACUACGAGUAAUCGUGCUACUUUAUGGGGCACAGUCGUACUGUCCUCUCCGACGGGUGUGUGAAGGAUCUAAGGUGUUUCCCCAGGCGACUAGCAAGUCGAUAUUCAUGGAAGCAGAGAUACGGCCAACCUCCGAGAAGGGUGGGUUAGAAAAGUUCGGCCCAGAAACCUCACACUCCUAUCACGCCACGCUUGGCCGUGACCGCCAGCGCGCUGUCCAAUAUGGUCGAAAUUCUCCUAAAAUCAAAGAACCCGGUGCUGCUCAAAAGGCACCUGCUCUGCACACCCGCAUCAGGAAUGAGACAAUAAUAUCUUAUUCCCUGCGCCAUCGGAUUAGGUCAACCUCCUGUAGCCGAGCAGGUGAGAGUUUGGAGUCGUUGGCCCAGAGCAGGGUCUCCAAAGUAAAUCCUACAUUCUCUCACUACCUCGUGGGUCAAAAUUUUGAGCCAGCUCCUAGG